AUGGCUGCUGCUACUGCAGAAAUGUUGCAGCAAUUGCAGAGCCAAAUCACCUGUAGCAUCUGUUGGAACUAUUUCUGUGAGCCAGUCAGCAUCGGGUGUGGGCACAGCUUUUGCCGAGCAUGUCUCCCAAGCUCGACAGCUACAGUUUUCUCCUGCCCUGAAUGCAGGCAAGUAUCUCAGGUCAGGGACUUCCCAUUAAUUAAUGGGAGCCUGGUAGAGCUGACUAAACUGGGCAAACAGCUCAGCUCCCAGCUGGUGCAGAGUGCUGGAGGACAGAGGCGCUGUGCCACUCACCACCAAGCCUUGGAGUUCUUCUGUGAAGACGAGCAGAUGUUGCUCUGUCAGAGCUGUUGCCAAAAUCCAGAGCACGGGGCUCACAGGCUCUCUUCUGUACAAGAAGCUGCAUCCAAUUGCAGGAAGAAGAUCCAGCACCUUCAUAGUUGCUUGCAGAAGUACUUUAAAGAAACUAAGAAACUUCUUGUUAAGGAAAAGAGACCUGUUAUUGACUGGCAGGAGAUGAUCCGCAGAGAAUACCUGGAAUGGGAUUCCUUCAUGUGGCCCGAGGAAUGUCAUCAUCUGGAAAGGAUGAAGCAAGAAAAGAAGAACAAGAAGGCCAGACUAUCCCAGCAAAGGAGAAGCCUUCAGGACCUCAUGCUGGAUCUCCAGGAAGCAGAGUGCCAGCCCAGUCUGGAUCUGCUGCGGGAUGUCAAGCAGUUGCUGCAAAGGAGCGAGUCCGUGUUGUCCCAAAGGGCCAAGGCGCUCAUCCCAGAGGUGAGAGUGUGUCCCAUCUCUGGCAUGAUAGAGACGCUCAAUCAAUUCAGAGUGGACGUCAGGAUGGAGCCCACAUCAGCCAGUCCUUGCCUGAUUGUGGCCGAGGAUCUGAAGAGUGUAAGAGCUGGACAAGGCUGGCAGCUGGACAGCCAAUCUGCUGAUGACCCCGAUCUUCCCAUUGUCCUUGCUGAGAAGGCCUACACCUCAGACAGACAGUACUGGGAGGUGGAUUUGACCCAGCUGCCUCAGUGGACACUGGGGAUUCACACAUCCUACUUAAGGAUAAAAAAUCCCGGGAGAGUAACUAAAUGUGUCUCUAUCUUUUUCCUGAGAUGUGUCAAGAAGGAAGAUGGAUAUUACUUGCAAUCUUAUCCUGGAUCAUUGAACCACAAACUGAAUGAUCCUAUUCCCAGGAUUGGGGUAUACCUGGAAUAUAAAACUGGCACCCUUGCCUUUUACAAUGUUCUCCAGAGUUCUCUUAUUUAUCAGUUACCUGAUAUUUCCUUCAUAGCACCUGUUACACCCAUGUUUUCUCCUGGCCCCCCCCUUCCAGGAACAAAGCCUGGUGCCAUGACUCUCUGUCCAGUGGAUUCUCAUCUUUGUGCUUGCUGCUAUUCAUCUCUCUGA